AUGUCUAAUUGCUUCACAAAUGUUCUCUUCAUGCGACUCGCGACGAAAUGGCAUUAUCUAAUGAAACAAAUUGCUGCAUCAGAACUCAACGAAUAUCUAGACUUGAACGUCAGGUUUAAAUGCAAUUUUGCAACUAUUGUUAUAUUAAGUUUUGCCGUCGUCGAGCACCUAUUAUCAAGAAUCUACAAGCUGGCUGAAGUAAAAGAUUGCAGUACAGACGAUGAUCUCAUAUACGAAAAAUUCGUUGUGGAAUCAUGUCCUUGGAUAUUUGAACUUGGCGUACCCUAUUCUUUUACUACCGGAAUGUAUGUAAUGAUUUUUAACGUUUUGGCUACAAUAAUAUGGAGCUAUUCCCAUAUUUUUAUCAUUUGCGUUAGUUUGUAUUUAACAUCAGUACUGAAGCAAAUAAAUAAGAGUAUUAUAUCACACGACGGUCAGCAUUUGCCAGUAUCCCGUUGGCGGAAAUUGCGGGAAGAUUACAAUAGAGCGACCCGAUUGGUUCGUUCCUUUGAUGAUGCAAUUAACAGUAUUGUGUUUACUUCAUUUGCAAGUAAUCUUUACUUCAUAUGUCUACAACUUUACUACCUGUUAAAAUUUUUCAACGGAUAUGAACUCUCUAUAUAUGUCACGUUUUCUUUGAUGUUCGUUCUCUCGCGGUCAUUGGCGGUUUCGCUCACCGCUGCUCAGGUGCAUUCCGCGUCCCUUGUGGCGGCUCCAUCGCUUUACAACGUUCCAUCGUCCUCGUAUGGUACCGAGGUUCAAAGAUUUCUUGAGCAAAUCCAUGGCGAUACCGUAGCGUUGACGGGUCUUAACUUUUUCUACAUAACUAAAGAGUUGGUUUUGUCUGUGGUUGGUACUAUCGUAACUUAUGAGCUCGUUUUGCUGCAGUUUAAUCAAUAAGGUCGAAGAGACAAAGAGUCCUUAUUAAAUACUUCGCAAAACAAACAAAUUGUAUUUCAAGGUC